CUAGUACCGGUACCCCUAUGAGGCGCCGCGCCGCUCUAAAGGCAAAAAAAACUGCGGGCGGUGUGACGUGCAUUCUGCCUUCCCUGACCCGCCAGCACACCCUGGCGUUCCCCGGUGGUUAAGGAGGAGAGUUUAGUGUUCAAGGCAUCUACAGCUAUACUCUUAAGCUUAUCCAGCCUCCUGGUGCAGCAAGUAUGUCCUCUUCAGAUCCACCAGCUCCACCUUUACUCUCAGAUGAGUCUGCUGCUCCCCAGGAUGAAGAGCCAUCUGAAGAAGCUGACCUGGACAAAUUAAAAGAAACAGAAGCAGCUGUAAUGUCUCUGCUAGCAUCAGAAGCUGAUGAAACUUCUGCUUCAGAUGAAGGCCAGACCUUAGUUGCUGUCACUGAACCAUAUAUAGGUGAAGGAGACUCUGAUGAAUUCCCUGCCAAAGUAGCAUCAUCAAGAGCAUCACCACAAAAUAACGAUGCAGGUCUUGUUGAGGCAACACCAGGUGAGGUGACUGUAAAGCUUACCACAGAGGGCCUCUCAUCCCUCGUGUCAUACUCCUCAUCUUCAGCAGAAGUGUCAGCUUCAGAAGAUAAUACUCAGGAUGUCCCUGAAAAGAGCAACUCGGAGGAUCCUUUGACUUCUGGGAAAAGUAUUGCUGAUAAUGUUAAGGAACCAGCAGCAAUUUCCCAGGUGUUAGAGGAGACAGAAGAGAACCAGCAUGAAAAGUCCCAGGUAUCCCCCGGAGAAGUGUUGGCUGCUGCAGCUGAUGCCCUCGCCAGUGCUGUAGAUGAGGUACAGGUGGAAGCAGAAGAAGUUGCAGCUAUUGAGAGUGUUACAGCAGCACUUGCUCAGGCUGAGGCAGACUUAGCAAUGAAAACUGCUGAAGAUGAUGUGGAUGCUGCUGAAUCAGAUAUUCCAGAGGCAGUGGGCAGUGAGGAGGAAGAGGCUGCUAGUGUCCCAAAUUCUGUUGUGAAAGAGGACAGCAAUGCCACAUCUCCCCCUGACACUAAAGUGGGUGAGAGCAGCACUGAACAUAUACAGAGUGCACAGGAAUCAAAAGAUGCAGUGGAAACUCCACCAAAUGUGAUGGAGGCUGUUACCCAAGAAGCAUUAGUGAGUGCAUUUGAUGAAGAGACACAAGCUGCUCAGGAGAAGAAAGAUGAGGUGAACUUACCAAAGGACAGUCUUGAAGAGGCAGAAGAGGCACUUACAUUUGUAAAAGAUUCAAGUAAUCAGAAAUCUCCCAAAGAGAUGGAAAAAGUUACCUUCAAAGACAUUGUUCAAACCUCUGUUGCUGAUGAAAAUUCAGAUGUGAAAAUGGAUACUGAUACCAAAGAAGUACCAGAAAAAUUACCUACUGAACAUCCCUCCACAAAGAUUGAUACCACACAGUCAGCCAAAUCAACAGCUGAAGAUGCUGAUGCAGAUACUACAGAGGAAAGCAAGAUUACUAUUGAUAAAGAGGCUAACAGUGGAAAAGGAAUAAAGAGACCAUUGGAAGAUGACACAGAAGAGCCUGCAGAAGACAAAAAGAAGGAGGAGGAGGGGAGAGGAAAAAGACCAAAGAAAAGUGAGCCAGCAAUUGACUCUUCUCUGCAUCCUCUGGAACAGGAAGAGGCUCAAGACACACCACAGGAAGAGGAAACUGAGCUGAUGGAAACAGGCACUACAAGGGACCUAGAACCAGAGAGUGGCAUCAAAACACGAAAGAGAGUGGAGCCUGAAGGAUUGGAAAAGGGUGACGAAGGAAGUAGAGAUGGUGAAGGAGAUGAGGUGGGUGAAGAUGAUGCUGAGAAGAAAGACAAUAGUGGUCAAGACAAAGACAAAGAUGACAGCAAGGAAGAUGAAGAGUCAUCUACCCCAUCAAGGAGAAGAAAGAAGAAGAGAAGAGCUUAUGAAAGACCAAGAGGAGAAGGGGGCAAAUUCAUGAAAGAAAAACCAGAUCCAUCAAUGUUGGAUGAGGAGACAAGAAUGGACUGCAGUCUGCUGCAGGAUGAAGACUCGCAAGGUUCAGCCUCCAGAAGGGAAGUUCGGAGGUUCCGCUGUGAAGUUAUUGUUCCAGAGAGUACGGAAGUGUUCACUGCCGACAAAGUGGUUGAGUAUGUGUGGCCGCUGGAAGGCAUCGGAGAACACUACUUCAUCCAGGAGCAGAUCUCUCAGUACCUGGGGAUCAUGUCCUUCAAGAGGCGGUACCCAGACCUACGACGCAGGCCCAUUGACAUGCAAGAACGAGAUUACCUCAAGGAAAAAGGCCUUGUGUCAGAUAUGGCCUGUGAUUUAGGACUGACAGCAGUAAGAAGCGAGGAUGUUUUGGACGUCAUGUUUAAUGACUUUCCUGCAAAAUUUGAGGAGUUGCAGCGUCUCUUGAGGGAACGCAAGGAGAAUGAAAUGAGAGAGAGAGGGAAAGUGAACUACUCCAUGGCCAAUAUUGACAAAUCCAAGAUGCAGGAGUAUGGAAGGAAAGCUGCUGCUGAUGCAGCGCGCUGGAAUGCCAGCUUCAACAAAGAGAAGAGAGAAGAUCGCAGGUACAGCUUUGAUCUCCAGACAUUUACACUGCAAAUGCCUCUUGGCCGAGGAAAGAAGCUACCUCCAGAGAUGACCAAGAUUGGGUUUUAUCCAGUGGCUGUUCUCCCUGGCCAAUUCACCAACAGCUACAGGGAGUAUACUCCUCAAGCCUUGAAGACUAUGCCUUUAAAUACUGUUGUGUCUGCACCUGUCGUCCCAGACCCACUUGGCUCAGAUGGAAACAGCUCAGACUCAGAAGAAGAAACUAAUGAUACAACUCAGAGGUCAGUGGUGGAUGAUCCUGUGAAGGAGGAGAAGGGAGGGGAGGCUGGACCUCGCUGCAAAGUAUGUAGUGGGACCAAGAACCGUAACAAGGGAGGCAAGCCGGAGCCCCUUAUCAUAUGCGGCAACUGUAAAUCUGCAAGCCAUCCAACUUGCAUUGAUCUGACUCUGGUGAUGGUGCCCAAGAUUGAGUCCUACAACUGGCAGUGUAUGGAUUGUAAGUCUUGUGUCACCUGCAACGAUCCUGACGAUGAGGACAAGAUGAUCUUCUGUGACAUGUGUGAUCGAGGAUACCACAUAUACUGUGUGGGUCUAAGACGAGUCCCCAAUGGGCGCUGGCACUGCAAAGAGUGUGCCAUGUGCUCCUCCUGUGGCUCCAAAACACCAGCUGGCAACGAGCACCUGAAGAAUGCUGAGUGGCAACAUGAGUUCAAGAAGGACAAGGACAACAAGCAGCUGAGGUACGCCACCACCCUGUGUGUACCGUGUGAUAAGUAUUGGAAGCGGCGGCAGUUCUGCUACGUGUGUCUCAAGGUGUACAGGAGCAUCCCUGAGGACGGGAUGGUUCGCUGCUCUAACUGUCCCAAGUAUAUCCACAGAGAAGGUACCUGCUCAACCAUGUAUGAAAGUGAGCGAUUUUGCAUCAACUGCUUUAAGAUGCGCAAUUCUACUGCCUUGAACCACUCUCGCAUCAUAGCAGCGGCCAAGAAGAAGAUGGCAUCAGGUUACUAGUGCCUUGGACCGUCUUCUCUCACUACUGUGUGUCCUCCACUGUCUGCAGUCCUAGGUGGGCCGGAGUGUUGGGGCGUGAGCCGGGCUUCGAGUUGGGCCUGGAUGGACCAAAAAGGUUGCAAAUCCCUGCAUUAACAUACUAGCCAAGGCGACCAGAGAAUAUAUAAUAAUA